AUUUUAUGAUAUAUAAUAAUUAUUUUAUCAUUACAAUUUUUCAUAGGUAUGGCAUGCAUACCAAUUACAUUUCAACCUAGUAUGAAAAUUAAACAAAUUCCUAAUUACAUAUACUUGCAUGAUUUGCAAAUGUAUAUUAUACCUCCAUCUGGAUAUAUUAAAUUAGAAGAAUUAUAUCAAUGGUGUAUUGAUAGAUUAAAGGUUUUAGAAUUAGUAAACAAAGUAUCAAAACAAUAUUAUAAAGCGAGGCAAUGUCGUAUUGCUUUAAUUAAAGAAUUGGAAAAAAAUGAUUUAAUUAAGUUUGCAAAACUUAUAAAUAUGUCUAACUAUGAAAUUUCACAAAGUAAAAAGCAGCUUCUAAGAAAAAAUGAUUCUAUAUCACACUUUAUUUUGAGAUCAGCAUUUUCUUUAGAACAUAAGAAAAGACAAUGGUUCUUUAAACAAGAAGUAAAAUUAUUUAAAUGGAGACUUUCUUUUUUGAAUAAAAAAGACAUAAAACUCUUUAAUUAUAUUAAUGGAAUUCAAUUUCCUUCUGUUAGUUUCUGA